GUUUCCUCUUAAAAGCUGAUUUAGUCACUUAAAAAGUAGGAUCCGUUUGCGGCAUUCAACAUGGAAACAGGUUAGUUUGACAAAUAUGAAACAUUCUUACUGAAGCAAUGCAUGAUCUGCUUGACCUUGUAUUGGGUGGGUACUUUGUGUAUAGAAAUAUAGCUACAAAUACAAGCAUUAUUAUUAAGGGUCAAUAUGUUUCAAAAUUAUUCUAAGAAAGUAAACAUGUUCAUCACUUUUUUGCCUAUUGUUAAUAAUAAUUUAGAAAGAUGAUUUAUGAAUAGAAUAUAUGCUGAUACAUAGUGUGGAAUGAACAAAUUCAUGUGAAAACACAAAAUAUAAGAAGCAGUUAUAAAUCUUUGUAGAAUGCUUAAAAAAGGAAAAACAGUUGGGGUUUAUGCAUGAAGAAAUGGAUCCUGGUCAAUUUGAAUGCCAAAACCUAGGCUGAUGGAACCAAGUUGGGGCAAUAGCUGACAUGAAGAAUAUUUCUAAAAUUUCACUAUGGCUACAAUGUGAUUUAUGAUCACUACAGUUUGGUAUUUAAUUAAUAAACCCAUAUUUAAUUGUUACAAAAACCUGUUUUCAUAUGUAAAGUUUCAUAUGGAUUUUUCAUAUAAAUGCUUUGUGAUAAGGAUGACUCUGAUUUUGUUGAUUAUAUUGUCAUUUUUAUUAUAAUUAUUAUUAUUAUUAGCAGUAGUAGUAGUAGUAGUAGUAGUAGUAGUAUUGUGAUAAGGGCUUGUGAUAUGUCUCCUGAACUCAUUAAUCACAGUCUAACGACAUGUAAAUUACCAGUGUAAAAUAUUCAUGGGUCGAAUUGUUCCAAUAAAGCUAUGGUUAGAAUAGGUCCAACAAUAUAGGUGCUACAUAAAUUAAAAUGUUUGCAAGUAGAAUUGCUAGCAAAUGUAUAAAAUGGAAGAUAAAUCUAUUCCAAAAUAUAUCCCCUCUUACUUAUUCAUUUUGUUUUUGUAAUUGGCAGGGGAGAGCAGGAGAACCUUCCUAUAAGUGGUUCUCUUGCUCUCCAGCAUAGCAAGCACAGAGCAUGUGCUGUGGGUUUCUGCUUUUAAAUUAUUCCUUUUUUGUCCUUCUAUCUAUCCUUUUUUUAAUGAACACGCUCUUUGGCAUUUUUUUUGUAAUGGGUGGAGCUUAAAGGGACACUGGAGACACUGGAGACACUAUAACCAUUUAAUCUCAGUGAUUUGGUUAUAGUGCCUGGCGUCUCCUUGCACUGUGCCUCCAUUCAAUGUUAACCCCUUAAGGACACAACUUCUGGAAUAAAAGGGAAUCAUGAUGGAAUAUUUCCGUCAUCUGUCCUUAAGGGGUUAAACAAGUUUCAUGCGGUUUAACAAUGAAUGAGAGUCCCAGGGCUUAAGCCUUAAUGGAAGAAAAGCACCAGACGCCACACAUGAUAACGACUUCAAUGACAUGAAGCAGUUAUGGUGCCUACAGUGCCCCUUUAAGAAAAGUUCCAUUUCAAUUGUUGAGCUAAUUUAUUGUCAAGCCAUCCAUCAAAAGAAUCCUACAGGAAGGUGAACUGCAGACAUGGCAGUGCUUGGAUAUUGAGAGCUGGUGAUUGGUAUAAACGCUAAUAAAUAUAAAAGAAGGCAAGUGGCAGUUGGGGAGUAUAAUCAUUAAGAUAUAAGGGGCAUUAGGAAAGGAAAAUAAAGAUAAAGGACAGUGCCCUUUUAAAUAUAUAAUGCAUUGCUCUAAUGAAUUUUAUAUAAACUAUUACCUAUGGGAGAGUUGGGAAACUUGUCAUGACUGGUUCACAGGCUCACAUUAAAGGAUUACAUUAACCUUCAAUUUGUUAUGUUUAUAUUUUCUAAAAUGAAUCUAUUCAUUUCAUAUGAUCAGAUGGUUUUAGCCCCUGCUGUUGUUUCCUAUUAAUGUGGGUUACACAAACUAUUUUCUCAAAGCCCAUUUGGAGGGUUCUUCAAUACAGUGAAAUAUAAGCCCCACUAUUGCCGCCCCCACUUCCUUCUAUUUUCAGAUGAAUUUAACAAUCAAGGUGUAAAGUGUACAUAUUGUAAUAUCGGAUAGGUGAAUUCCAUUCCAGUGACCCAAACAAUUUUGACUUUUGUUAAUGUAUAAGAAGAAGAAAUCAUUAUGCAAGCCCCUAGUCCCAGGUGUGUGUUCUAACAGAAAUCCAUUAUUAACUACUAGACUUGUGUACGGAGAUACAAUUUAGCCUGGUUGAACCAUUUUUUCUCAAAAGUAAAAAAAUGUUGGAGGGGUGGGGGAGAGGGGAAGAAGGAAUUACGGCCAUAUGUCGAAUCAGCUUAGCAUAAUUUCAGAACGGAGAUUGCAUUUUGGAAACUAAAUGUCUAUAACAAAAAAAGAGCACUGUGCUGCAAAAUAUACACAUAAUAUAAUAUUAGGUAUAUAUUUUGUAGUACACUGAUAGGAGCAUUUUGCCACGAUUAUAUUCACAGAUCUUGAGAAAAAGUAACCAAUAGAGUAGUAAAAAAAUCAAUAUUAAUAUACGAACAUAUUUGUUAAAUGUAUAAUAUCUAAUUAAAUGUGUAUAAAUAUAUACAUUUUAAAUUCGUUUUUUUACUGUGUCUAUUUUUGUCCCACUGUCGGUCACACCCAGCUGUCCAAUCACAGCCCAGAGUGCUUUCGUCUCAUAAAAUCAACAUUUUGUUACAGCUCCCUAAUCAUCAACCUUUUUUUCUAUAAAUCAUCUACUUUUUUUGGCAUCUUGGGCAGCAUCCAGAAUCAAAAGCCAGAAAUGAACAUGUUCACUAUUGUGUCUUUCAAAUGGUCCAUAAUUCGUGGUGCAUUUCGGCUCAGAGUUUGGAAACUGAAUUUGACCAGCCCAAAUUGAUGCAAAUUGCAGUUCAGCCUGAAAUUAAUCUCCAAGUCUAAUAACUGCAAUAUAUAUUUGAUCUCACAUCCUCAGCAAAUAUGAUUCUCACAAAGUAUGCCAGUUCUUAAAAAUCAGCCAAAUUUUUGUCUCUUUUCUCCAAAGAAAAUGUGCUGAAAUAAAGAAAUUAUUGUCCUAAUUGACUUUUACCCUCCUUUAAAUUUUAACAGAUCAAUCCUCCCAUGUCCCCUAUUAUAAAUAAUAUGUAAUUUAUAUAGAAUAAUGAUUAACAUUAUGAAUGAGCCUAGAAGUGUGGUUCUUAUUAUUAUAUAUGUUUUAAAUUUCAUGAACUCUAUUGUAUUGAGAUACAUUAAAAUAUAUUCUCUUAUGAGUCAUUACUGUUACUGUUUAUUUUAUGCAAAUUGUCACCAAGGGUCUCAUAGCACCUUCCGUUAUUCAUAUACAAAAUAAACAUGGCGAUGAGCUCUUUAGACAACAUAUCAAUCCAUAAGACCAAAGGUUGAAUGGUUUAUAAAUGUCUAUGGAACUUUGAGUUUACUUUAUUUCCAUUGUACAUGCUUUGUUGUUAUAUACUAAUUAACAUAUGUAGGUUAGUGUUAGUUUUAGUGCUAUGGUAGUGUAGGGGUUAAUGUUUACUGUAGUGCAGGGGUAAAUAAAUGUUUAGUGCAGUGUAGGUGUUAGUGUUUAGAAUAGUGUAGAUGGUUAAUGUUUAAUAUAGUGUAGGGGUUAAUAAUUUGGGACAGUGCAGUGUAGGGGUUAAUAUGUAGUGUAGUUUAGGGGUUAAUAUUUAGUGUAGUGCAUGGGUUAAUAUUCUGAGAUAGUGUAGUGUUGGGGUUAAUGUUUACCGUAGUGCGGGGGUAAGUAAAUGUUUAGUGUAGGUGUUAAUGUUUAGAAUAGUGUAGAGGGUUAAUGUUUAAUAUAGUGUAGGGGUUAAUAAUUUUAGAUAGUAGUGUAGGUGUGUCAAUGUUUAGAAUAGUGUAGAGGGUUAAUGUUUAAUAUAGUGUAGGGGUUAAUAAUUUUAGAUAGUGCAGUUAAUAUGUAGUGUAGGUGUCAAUGUUUAGAAUAGUGUAGAGGGUUAAUGUUUAAUAUAGUGUAGGGGUUAAUAAUUUUAGAUAGUGCAGUUAAUAUGUAGUGUAGGUGUCAAUGUUUAGAAUAGUGUAGAGGGUUAAUGUUUAAUAUAGUGUAGGGGUUAAUAAUUUUAGAUAGUGCAGUUAAUAUGUAGUGUAGGUGUCAAUGUUUAGAAUAGUGUAGAGGGUUAAUGUUUAAUAUAGUGUAGGGGUUAAUAAUUUGGGACAGUGCAGUGUAGGGGUUAAUAAGUAGUGUAGUUUAGGAGUUAAUAUUUAAUGUAGUGUAUGGGGUUAAUGCUUAGUGAUAGUGUAACGUAGGGGUUAAUGUUUAGUGCAUUUCAGAUUUGUACAGUAGUGAAGGAGUUAAAAGGAGAACUAAACUGUAUAAAUAACACAGGUGUCCUUCCUAUAAUAAAUAAAAACAUUUCUCAGUUAGCCUGCUUUCCAUUUAGGAUCCCUAAUUUUAUGACAGAAUACAUCUAUAUCUAGACCUGUAAUAAUUGGGAGCUAAUGUUGUCUUUAGAAACGUUUUUAAAACCCUUGUGAUUAAGGCUCAGGAUAUUCCAUUUUUGCUGUUGCUCUUAUAAAAGAGUUGAACAUCUAAGUGAUCUUUGUUGUGUAGACAGACAGACAUCAAGGUGAUGUGAUAAUCAGUGGAGAAAUUGCACUCACACCUUAUUUGUUAUAUCCUAUCCCUUAAGACAAGAAUCCAACUGUACGAUCAUAGCUCAGAGUGCUUUAUUAAUUGAGAACCCAUUAGUUCUGGAGGUGCAAAAACAUUUAUUACUUGUGUAGUAUUUGAUAUCGAUCAUGUCUUCUUGUUUACCCAUUGGUGAGCUUCUGGCACAUCCUUUUUUAAUAUUUUGAAUAUAGCAAUGCUGAAAUUAAUUUCAAAAUAUUUGUGUAUUGAAGCCUAUUUAGAUUUCAGAUUUAGUGCAUUUGUCAAAUAAUUCCUUAAUCUAGGUGCUUUGAGGUUUUCAGUUGUGUAGCAAAGGAACAUCAAGGACCAUAAAAAAAAAGCCAAGAUCGUUAUCAUUAUUUUGUUAGAAUAAAUGUAUAGAUAUUAAGAUGAUGUUCAAGAUACAGAGUAGCACAGAAUGAUUAUCCCAUUGAAGAAAUAAGAAAUACUUCAAGUAACUAAUUGUGGUAUAUUGUAAUUGUCAUCAAACAUCACACAUCAAGUCUACACUAAAAGCUAACAAUGUACAAACCUUUAUGGCAAUUUUUGGUAUAUCCACUAGAUUGACUAAUAGUACAAAUCAUACCUAAUGUGCAACAGCUGUUAUGGUGAUCAAACAUAUAUAAAAGAAAGUGCUUUUUAAUGGCAAAACAACGUUAUACAUUUGUAGUUUUCUGAAGACUAUGACUGUAUUGGAGAAUUUAUUUUCAAUAAUUAUUUUAGUCUGAAAUUUUUAAUUCAAAUUUCAAUUUUGGUAUAAUUUGGAAUUUAGUUGAUAACCUUAACUGUGGCAAAGCACUUUUUUUUAUUGUUUUGUUAGAAAAUUACAUUUAUCUUUUAUUAGUCCUUAGACAGAGUUUAUUAUUAAUAUCCAGUAGCGUACAUAUAGGGGUCGCAGGGGUCGUAGCUGCGACUGGGCCCGUCACUCCAGGGGGUCCGGCCGUCCUGCAGACCCCUGCGACCGGGUACGAGCCGUCAUGUUUUGUGGCCCCAUCGGUUUGACGUUCAUGGGGUCCAUAAGGUGGCCAAUGCUGUUAGGGCCACGCGAUGGAGAUGGAUUUCCAGGGGUCCCAGUCAGCACUGGGAGCUUUAAGGGCGACCGGGCCCCCUGUGAUGAUAUCAGACAGAACUGGAAGGAAGUGACGGAUCAGUUUCGCACCGGGGAUUGUGUGUACGCCACUGUUAAUAUCAUAUAAAAUAUAAGCUUUGUUUCUUGAUGUGUGAUCUGUUUCUGUAUACAUUCACUAAUGUUUAAACAUAGUUUUCAUUAUUAUUAAUAAGUCAGUCGGCAAGGAGUUGCUACAAUCCAAAAAUACAAGUCACUAAUUUAAUGGAUACUUAUCUUAUUAUGAGACAUAGUCACUUUUUAGACUAUGAAACCUGCUCAUUUAUCACAUGCAGUGCUUGCUGCAAUGAAUAACAAAAUAUACACUCACAAGAAACUAUUUUUUAUUUUUUAUUUUUUUUCUGUAAUGUCAUGGUGAUAUUUAUUAAGGAUUUAAUAGCAUUUAUACACAAAUAAAACAUAUCGACUUAAAUAACAUAUUACACCAAAAUCAAUCCCGUCAAUGACCAGAGAGCCUUAACUUAACUGAAACUCAAAAGCUAAGUCUAUGCUCCCUUUCAAAGGAAAUUAAACUCACCCCAUGCAAAACACUAUGACAUAAAUUAGUCCUUUGACCUGUCAGCUACCAGCUAAGUAAAUAUAAAAGCCCUAAACUAAACUGCCCCAAAGUAGAUCCGCUUAAUUCUAGCACUAUCCUAAAGUAGAUGCACUAUAUAGGAUGCUUAUAGCUCAUAAUAUUUUAUUAAAGCAUCGCUGUCACUUUUGGGGGUUAUGUAUUUUUGAAAAGAACCCAAAAGGUGAGAUGUUUUUGGCUCCUGGUGACUUUUUUUGCCAGAAGCCAUUAUUAUCAUUACUGUGCUCCUGACAGCACAAGGGGGACCUACACAAUACUAGUCAGGUCGUUUUAAUGUUGUUGAUCCGUGUAGUCAAAAUUACCUGUAAUCUGAUUUACUUUAAAUUCCCGUUGGAUGUUUUCUUUAAAUAAACAUUCUUAGCUCCAUUACCAUGAGCCGCCAUAAUUGUGAGAACUGCAAAAUGACAGAAAUUUUAGUUUCUUGUAAUUUGGUCCGAGAAAUAACACAAAAUUGUCAUGUACUAAAUGACUGUAUGAGGGCUUGUCUCAUCUACCGAAUGUCAUUCAACUAUUCGAUUUAUUCAGUAAUCGCGUGUGGGGCACUGCAGUCAACGACAAUUUAGGAACUAUGCCUUGUGAGCAUUUUAAGACAAUCAUGUGACCACAAUCAUGGAGCCAUCAUCAUGCAGUGCUAUCUGAUAUUGAUUGAGACUUUUAUCAGCCAAUCAAUGCCAAGUUUCAUUUCUGAACUUUAAAGGGGUGGUUAUCUAAAUCUGUAAAUAGUUUUAUUUCUUUAUGUAUUUAGUUAUUUUUACAUGAAUUAUUUAUUAAUCUCAAUUUGCAUUAAUCCUGUGUUACAAACUAGAUGCAUUCAUUUUUAUAGAGAUCAAUGGUCGUAAAAAAAAAAAAAAAAAGCAGGUGUGGAAUGGAAAGAAGAGGACACACUAAACGGAAAAACUUUGAACCCACUCCUCCCACGUUAAAAAAUAUUAACAGACCAAAUGUUUAAAAUUUUAAUAAAUUGAUUAUUACACAGAUGUUUCUUGUACACUUGAAAUUCUUACCUGUGACUCUCUAAGUUUCUAAAUAAACAGAUUAAUAACAAUUGCUGUCAUAACAAAGUUCACAUUAUGAGAAACCGUUUCAAAGAAAAAUGAAGAAAACAAUAAUAGUAGCAGCACUUAUUUGUACAUUUUCUUCAACUUAAAAGUAGAGCAAUCUAUAUGUUUAUGGUGAAUUAAAUCACAUUACCAUGUUAUUUCAAUGCAAAGCCAUAAAACAAGACUAACGCCAAGUCUGCAGGUGGAAUGAAUUUAGUUAUAUAAAUGGACAGAGUUCAAGGUAUGGAUUCUUCCGAGGAACGGAAAAUAAGUGUGUACAUCAUUUUAUUGAAAAACAGUGCCACCCUGAGCCUGGUAUGAAAAAAAAUUUUACUUACAGAUAAAUAAAUUAAAAAUAUCAAACUAUAAAUUGUAAAAAAAAACAAAAAAAAAAACAGCCAAUUGUUUAUAUAUAAUAAAAUGCUGGAGAUUUUUUUACUAAUCAAUCAUUUUUUGCCUAAGAUUUGUAAAUUCAGUUCACUUGAAUUCGAAGUUUACACAGUAACUUUACAUGUGUAGUAGACUUGUCAUUAGGAGAAAAUAAUUUAAUUAUUAGAACAUAUUUUGUUCUCAAAUAUAAGUUAACAUAUAAGUUUUUUGUUUUUUUUUGUUUGUUUUUUUCUCUCUCCCCUCUCUUCAUGGUAAAGAGACCUCUAAACACAACUAAGUAGCAAUUUUGGUGUGAAGGUUUUACUUGGAAAUCUCAUUUGAAUAGCCUAUAAGCUUUCACUAAUAUAGUUAAUUUUAUUUGCAAAUUUCACUUGUAUGGCUUAUAAGCCUUCACUAUUAUAGAAAAAAGUUUGCACAAGAGUAAUUUUUUUUUUCAGAACCAAUUUAAUAUAGUAUUAAAGGGAUACAAAAGUUUAGACGGGAAAAUAGAUUUAAAAUGUAUAAUAAUAGUUUAAUAAACACUAUUUGCACAUAACUAAAAAGAUCUAAUGAACUCACAUUCAGUAGUAGAUAAUAGGAGUGAAUAUAUUUGUAAUUAAAUAACACGAGGAAUAGAGAGAGAAUUGUUUAUAAAUUUGUUGAAAUAAGUAUAGAAAUUAUUUUAAGAAGAAAUAUGUUUAUCGGGAAAAAGAGGAAGAGGGGGAGAAGGGAAAAUGGAAGAUAAGAUAUUUAAGAGAGAAUUUUUUUACAUUUUUUUUCUCUUCUUCUUUUGGGGUAAAAGUGUAAAUAGUAUUAUCUCUCUCCGGUCACACCUACUUAGUGUCUGAUUUAAAGACACAGAAAAGACUGAUUUUUCUAAAUGAAAAUUUAUAGUCUUUGUGCUAAGAAGGGAGGAUUUCCUCCAAUGAUUUUAACUCUAUGUUAUUGGUGUUGUCAUGUUUAUGUUUUCGCAGCAAUAGGAAAGGAUAACAGUGAUUAUGAGGUGGAGGGAGAUGUAUGGGUGUCUCGAGAAGUGACAUGAUAAAAAUGUUGACACUCAAUGUUCAAGGUAUGAAUACUAUAGCAAAAAGAGCGAAAAGCAAUUAAAUUUAAUAUUUUUACAAGAAACCCACUGGAGGCAAACAGAUAAACAGAAUUGGGGAGGUAAAAGAUUUCCGCUUAUAAUUCAAGCUUCUAACAAGGAUAAAAAAAAAUGUGGAGUAGCUGUCAUAUUUGGAGAAAAAAUCAAGGUUGAAAUUAUUCACCAGAUACAAGAUAUUAAAGGCAGAUAUUUGAUAAUAAAAAAAAUAUAUAAGUUAACAUGAAUGUCAAAUAUUGUCAAAUAACAUCCAAGUAAACUGUAGCAACUUUACAACAGACAUCGAUGUCACAUACUGGAACAACAGCGGAACAUGGGAUUGAAUGUAUAUUAUAAGAAAAUGGAAAAUUAAGGGAAAAAGAAAAAAACGAGAAACGGAAAGGGACAAGAAAAAAAAAUAUGUACGUUUCCUAAAACAUGUUUUUAAAAAUUUUUAACAAGAUUUAAAUUGUUAAAUCUCUUAAUAUUUAUAUGGAGUGUUUUAUAAAAUCAUUCCUUGAAAAUGUAACUUUUAUUCUUUAUCCUUCAAUAUACCAUAAACAUUACGGAAAUAAGAAUAAAUAUUAAAUAGUUAAUGGCAUGGUGUAAAUAAGAAGUCGUUAUAAGUGCAUUGAAGGAAAUAUAAUGUUUAAACAUAAAGAGUAAUGGUUAGACAUAACAAUAUUUAUUGUAUAUAUAUUCAUAUUCAAAUAUUUGGAAAAAGUAUGGAUUCCUUUACAUUUAAAAAUUGAACAUUUGAUACCUCUCUUGCUUUAAAUAAUGCGACAAUACUAAUAAUCCUAUGGCAACUGAGAGUACUCCUUAAAGUGCAAAUUGUGGUGAAUUGAGAACAGAAGUGCACAAUUUAGCCUAAAAUAAAUGGUUCGAAUAAAAUCUAGAACCAUGGUCACAGCCUCGUUAAUUUAGCUUAAAUGCUGAAAUUUGGUUUUUAAUUAACUACAAUUUGCCGUUUACUGAAUUAACUGCCUGUGAAUUUGUACACCUUGGCUGAUCACACUUUUUGUUUGAGUUUGCAAAGCCUGUUAUCAGAUGCUGUGAAUAAACACUAAAUAUAAAACGCUGACUUAUUUUACAUUGUGAGUAAAAGAAUUGGUUUUGCAUGUCAUGGUAUUUCAAAUCAUCAUAUUUCUAGUGAUGGCCAAAUCUGCUUAAAAUUAAAAAUGAUUUGUGUUUGUGUGUGAUGGGAAAAUUGUGUAAACAGAAAUAUAAAAUGUAUUUAAUCUUUGAUAUUUCAUUUGCUGAUUUUUCCCAAAAAAUAUAAACGUAUAAUCUUAAUUAUUUAAUUGAACUAAACAUCAAGCUUAAAAAUGUAAGGUUCUGCACUACUAGUCAGGAAUAAAAGAUACUAGACACAUGAAACGUCCUUCUAAUACCAUACCACACCGAGAACUCCCACUACAUUAGUAUGAUCUUCUGCACCUGCGGUCAGUAGUCCUAACAGGGGAUCCCAUAUUAGAAUCCCGGGUAGCCACCCUGGGGGACCCCCCGCUGUAGCUGCUUGCUUGAUUACUAUGGCCACUCUGGGAUCUAUAGUGUGACCCCUGUCGCCCAGCACCCCCUGGGGGCCUGACAUGAUGUUCCUGAGUGCGGUGCUCCAUGCCCACAAGUGAUGGGGAUCUAAUGGGUGUGGAAGCCCGCCUACCUGUUGCCCAACUCAGGUCCACCCCAGGCUCUCUCCUUGGGCCGCCCCUCUACCCACGCAAGGCGAUCUGGGUGCAGACCUGUGAGGCGACCCCGUGGACAAACUCCACUCCUGUGACCUACUAGGAGAUUCCUGUGACCACUGCCUGGCACCCGCCUUCCCACCUCCCGCCUGCUACCCCAUGGCUUGCGACCCAUAGGGAUGGGAGACGACUCACCCAGCAUGUCACCAGCCAGAAUCACCUCUCCUUCACGACCUACAGCACUCCCAGCACCUCCAUUGCCUGCUGCAGAGCCUGCCAUGGCUGACCUUGCCCUUCUCCUGCCAGCUGUUCUCAGUGAUCCUGCUCCUCCCCGAGAAUACAGACUAAACCUGGCAUCCUGGAGUCCUGUCCAUGGCCCAAACUGUCCUCCAGCUCACGGCCCAAUGUGCAGCAGUUUUCUGACCUUCCUGUUCUCGGCCCAAUGUGACCUCCUGUUCGCGGCCCGAACAUUCGGCAGUUUUCCGGCCUUCCUGUUCACGGGUCUGAAUCGACUUUGCAGCCCAAAUGUUCGCUAGUUCCUUUAGUUCCUUUAAGUACACCAACUUUCGCGUUCACCUGUUCGCGGCCCAAAUUUUCGCCACCUCCACCCGAUACCUCUUUGCGACCCAAACUCUCCUCUCCAUGGCUUGCCCGAAUGUGCAGCCUCAUUCUUCAGGGGUACCCACAGACCUUGCGGCCGCACGGCGAUGCCAUCCACGACCUCCCAAACUACCGCUGCUCAACGCAGCCUCUGGUCUCGGAUCCAGGGAUGGGUCACCCUCUUCCUCCCGGUGGUUGUCUCUUUUUGUUUUGCUCAGUUCUAAUGAUUGGAAAACAGUCAGUCAUAAAUUGCUUUCAUUUAAUGAAUUGUAAAUAUAAUGCCUUUAAUGUACACCUUGAAUCCAUUUUGAAAAACAUUUUAGAUACAUUACAGCAUGUUACAAUCUAUUCUGUCAAAUAUAAUGAUGUAAGGACAUUCUGUUGAUUGUGAUGCAUGUAAUGUUGAGAAUACCUUCAUUAAUCCUUUAAGGAUACAACUUCAUAAGUAAAAGGCCAGCAUGAUGGAAAAUUUCUGUCAUGCUUCCUUAAGGGGUUAAAUCUUACUACAUCUGUAAAAUUAAACUAGAGAGUUUCUAUUUUCAAAUUUUCAUUUACAUGAGUAUUAUAUAUAUAUUAUGCAUAUUAACCUAUGUGAAUAUUUAGAUUGUAUUUGUACUACAUGUAUACAUUAUUAUUAUUACUAUUAAUAAAAUAUCAACUAAUUCCAAAGCGAUUGUAAGUGAAGUGAAAUUGUAAGUGAAUUUCAGAUUUAAAGGGACACAAUUGUCACCAGAACAACUACAGCUAAUUGUAUUUGUUCUGGUGAGAAUAAUCAUUCCCUGCAGGCUUUUUGCAGUAAACACUGUCUUUUCAGAUAAAAUGCACUGUUUACAUUACAGCCUAGGGAUACCUCCACUGGCCACUCCUCAAAUGGAUACUAGAUGUGCUUCCUGGUGCAGUGCUGCACAGUGUGACUGACAUUUAGUGUCUCCACCCUCUGCAUGGAGACACUGAACUUUCCAAGAUACAUAUUGGCCAGGGCUGUGUUUGGCUUGUGCUGGCUCUGCCCCUGUUCUGCCUCCUUGACAGUCUUAGCCAAUCCAGUGCUUUCCUAUGGGAACACUUCUGAUUAUGUCAGACAAGCAGGCAGGUGAGGGGCACAGGCAGCAGCUGCAGACUUGAAUACAAGUAAGAUUUUACUAUAUUUACUAUAUUUCCGUUAUAUGUUUCAAAAAACUGCUAAUUUAUACAAAUAGGUUUUACCUUUUCUGUCCCCUCACAUCCUAUCUGCAUAAUGUAGUAUAAUGAGUAUCAAUCACUUCUUGGUUUGGUGAAAAUUUUUUAUUUUUGUUUUAUUAUUUGUCCUUUAUUAUGUUUGCACUGGAAAAAGAAUUUGCCAAACUUACCUAGGAAUUUUAAAUGUCAACUUAAGUAAUUCUUUUUCAGCUGAACACAUUGAUACCUUAAUGCCAAAAACAUCCUCCACCAAGAAUGAAAAAAAUAUAUAUUUUCUUGAAAUUCAAAACCAUCAACUGCAUCAACUCAUGUAGCAUUUUUUUAGCAAAACAUUUUUUUUGAACACACACUGCAUAGCUACCACGAGCAUAAGAUAAAACAGCAUUUUUUUACAGAGAUUACAUCUGCAGGGUAUCUAAAAAUUAUGUAAAUGUCUAAAAUUAUAAAUUCUGAUUUAUUUAUUCAUAUCUUGCAGAUUUUUGGGGGGUGAUAUUGCUAUACGAUAUCUAAAAUAUCAUCACAGAAGUAGCUAUAUUUUAUCACAUUACAGUUUGUGUGACAAAAUUAAAAAAAAUUGUCAAAUAUUUUAUGGGUACUUGUAAGGAACCUGAUUGCUUUAAUGGAAUUGCAGUUUAUUAAAAAUGUCCUUGGAAUAUAAAAAUAAUUUAAGUACAGUUAUACCAAGCAUUUGUACUAUAUGGAAUUGUGCGUGCUGCUAUUGCAACCCUUUAAUAACUCCUCUACUAUAGUCAAUGUGUUCAGAGACCUUUUCCCACCUUCUUGGCUGCUAAAAUGCAGCUGUGAAGUUUGACUUACUGUUUGGUACAAUGUUGGAAUGCCACUGCUGUGAAAUACAAUAAUAAUAUGCAAUGUCAAUCUGCAGUUGCUAAGGCCAAUAAUAUUUUGUCAUGUAUAAAUAGGGGCAUAAAUUCUCGGGAUGAAAAUAUAAUUUUGCCUCUUUAUAAAUCGCUGGUAAGACCACUCCUUGAAUAUGCUGUGCAAUUUUGGGCGCCUGUUCUAAAGAAGGAUAUCAUGGCACUGGAGAGGGUCCAGAGACGAGCUACAAAAUUGAUAAAAGGAAUGGAGCAUUUUAGUUAUGAAGAAAGGUUAAAAAAAUUAAAUCUGUUUAGUUUGGAAAAACGGCGCCUGAGAGGGGAUAUGAUAACUUUAUACAAAUAUAUUCGGGGCCAGUACAAACCUUUAUCUGGAAAUCUAUUCAUAAACAGGGCUAUACAUAGGACACGAGGUCACACAUUUAGGCUGGAAGAAAGGAGAUUUCAUCUAAGGCAAAGAAAAGGUUUUUUUACAGUAAGAACAAUAAGGAUAUGGAAUUCUCUGCCUGAAGAGGUGGUUUUGUCAGAGUCCAUACAGAUGUUUAAACUGAAAUUGGAUAAAUACUUACAAAAACAUAACAUACAGGGAUAUAAUUUCUAAUUAGUGGGGUAAUAGCUGCUUGAUCCAAGGAGACAUCUGACUGCUAUUUUGGGGCCCGAAGGAAUUUUUUCCUAGUUUGUGGCAAAAUUGGAAGAGCUUCAGACAAGGUUUUUUGCCUUCUUUUGGAUCAACAGCAACAACAUUUGUGAGGCAGGCUGAACUUGAUGGACGCAAGUCUCUUUUCAGCUAUGUAACUAUGUAACAAUGUUACAGUCCCUCUGCAGGGCUGCAGAGAAAUAAGCAGUUGCAGUGAAAUUAGUUUUGCUUAGUAGUGCAGUGUCUGAUCUGCUAAUAGUAAAUAUUGGGCUAUGUUGUUAGUGUUUUAAGAUAGAGAUAGAGAAUAAAGCUCUGGGGAGUAUUGUAACAUUAACCAUUUAUUCAAUGGUGCAAAUAAUUCUGUAUAUUAUUGAAAUGAUUUAUUCACAAAGAAAAAUACUUGCAAGUUCUUUUCAAAUACCGGUAAGCAGAGUAUAUGAUUCUUUUACAUUCCAUGUUAUGUUAACAUUCCAGAACCUCUUGGAAAUACUGUCAAGUAUCGUCACAAUAACAUCCCAAUCAUUUAAAAAAUAAUGAAAUGGAAUAAAUGAAAAAUUCAAACUCUACAGCAAUCUGUACACUAAAAUACUAGCCAUGCACAAUUUAACAAACACACUGUAAUAAAAGGAUUAAUAAGCAUGCAGUACCAUUUUAAAAUACAUUUUAUGUUCUUUGUGCACAGUUGUGAAGUUGUAACAUUUUUUCAUCAUCUGAUAAUUACUUUUGUUUCAACAUUACUGUAAACAGAUUUCUAAAUUAAGUUGUUGACUUUUAUUACAUUUAAGGGAAAAUGUGCAGUCCUUUGAAGCUAAUUGAAAAAGAAAUGUAGUAUUUGGUCAAAUUAAUGUUGCUUGUUUUUAGUACCGGUGUGCACACUUAACUGAAUAGGUUGGCCAAAAUGUUGAUCCCCAGCUAUUAUAGAACUAAAACUCCUAUGAUGCUUUGCCAGGCCUAAGCCCAUACAACUCUACAGCAAGAAAUGUGGCCGGUCAAGUUACAUGCAUCUAAUAGACACUGCUGUAUUUUCAUGUUAAUCAAAUCAAUGGAUAACUUAAGUAAAACAAAAACUCUAAAUUUGUGGAAGGAAUUACUAAAACUGGCAACAACUGGCAAGGCGUGUUUGCAAAGGGAAGGCCUGAAUCCUUUCUUUAGUGAGCACUGAAUUUAUUGACCUCUGUGGGUCAAAAAUACUUUUUUAAAAAUAGGGCAAGCCUUUGUGUGAGUCAAAAAGGCUUAACAUCCAUCAUAAAUUGCACCGGACAUGUUCAACAGUUCUGGUACUGACUUGCGUCCAGUAUUUGUAAAUCCUGCAAGGAGAUUGAAGUCAAGUUAGAGAGUUGCUUAAAGACCAGGUUUCUCCUUAGAAAGUGUAAUGCUCCCUCGAGGGGAAGGUGAGUCUCUCACUUUAAGAAAGAUUGUAUUUUUAUUAUUUGCAUUGAAGAAAUACAAUGUUAGGUACAAUAUCUUGAACCAUAAACAAAUAGUUGGUUUUUAAACAAAGGUAUCACUCACUACCUCUAAAGGCGAUUACUAUUUUUCCUACCAAGUCGAAGCUUGUCUGUGGACUCACUGACAAAGCCUAUUGUCUCAAGACAAGCCGCUCUGAUGAUAGGAUCAAGGAACAAGCAGAAAAUGACCAUAAAGGAAGUUAUUAUCAACGUAGCAUUUUUCAUAAACAUUUAUGUUCGCAUUGUGAUGGGCUUGUGCGAACACUCUAAAUAGUCUUUUUGUUUCCAUAGUACGCAUGGAGUGAGUUUUGUUUGUCGUAUUAGUGUAUUGUUUCCUUAUCCCUUGCGUUGACAUCUAAUGUAUGGCAAAGAUAAAGAGAUAUUCAAAUAAUUUGAUUUGUAUUUUGUUGGCAAAGCCUUUCUUUAGUGAAGAGGCUUCAGCAUUCAUUGACCACCUUUCUAUAAAAUGUCUAAAGGCAUAAUGCAUUGACCGUGCUAAUGUUAUUAGAAGGUUCUUUACUCAACAAACUUCAAUAAAACUGUAUAAUACUUUAUGACAUACUACAAUGGUUUUAUUUUCAUUGAGAAAUCCAAUGAAGCAGCUGGUGUUUGUAUGUAAAAGUAUUUAAAGGGUAUUUUGUUGAGUGCGUAGAAAUGCAAAACAAAUUAAUAUGACUGGAAAUUGAAAUCUUUAAAUUCAGCACAAUGUCUUCAUAUGGGAAUUAUGAAGAAAAAGUCCAAAUAAAGUAAAAUUUAGAUUAAAAAAAACCAUGUGUUUUAACAAACAAAUCAAGAAUACUGAACAAAUAUAACUAAUGCCUCAAAUGAAACUGGGUGUCCAUAGAGUAAAGGGGGGAGCGAGGGGUUCCUUCUCCACUGCUUCUAUACAACUAGAAAUAAAGUAUGUAUACCACCCAGGAAAAAGAGUAAGUUCAUGCAUACGGCGAGACCGUGUGGUGAAGGAUAUGAGAUGAAUAAAACUUAUUUUUUUAAACUUUUAAGUGGAAUCUAAACAAUUGGAAAAUUACAUGCUGGGGUCUCAUAAACACCAGCAUGUAUUACUUUAUUAAUUUUUCUUCUCUUUUUAAUUCCACAGAGGACAGCAAUGCAUCAAACACGUGAAAAAUAACAUAAAAAUAUUCAAAUCAAUAAAGAAUGAAUGUUUGAACAAAUACCCAGGAUUUUCAGUUACUAGUUUCAGAAGCUGUCUGAGGCUGAUCAGCCUGGCUCUCUCAUUAAUUUUACUGGGAACGCUACCUAUCAUAGGUUUAUGGAAUACGCUGUUUAAAUGGGUCUAUUAGCUUAAUUUAUGAUAAUUCAUGUUUCUAUUUAAGUAACUUUGGUACAGGCUAUCUCGUUAAAAAAAUGACUUGGUAGUCCUAUGGCACCUGCAUUGAUUGUAUGCACAUACUAAUCAUAGUAAGGGGAAACUCCGAUGUAUAUGAGUAUAUGAGUAGAGGUGGUUACAGCUGCAGUGAUAUUUUCAACCUGUAGACAAGGCGACAGGGAAUAGAGAGUUAUUGCACCAUAACUGUUUGCAAGAAACAAACAUGUGCUUGAAGUAUUUGCCAUGACAUGUGUUACAGAGUGCUUAUUAUCUUAUUACAUAUCUAUUACUGUUGACGUUCGACAUAACUUUUGUAAUUUUUUUUUGACCAAAGCGUCUUGACUUCUGUGCACUUAUAUUCAAAGAGCAAUUCAUGUACUCCCGGUAGUGAAUAAAACUAUUCAAUGCAUUGUAAUUCUUUGAGGAUUUUACAGAAUUUACUCAUUUUAGUUUUUAAAUUUAUUUUAUGCACUAGGAUAAACAUUGGCAUUUGAACUUUUAACACAUAAACUCAAUAUGUAACUGUGUAGCCUAUUUACUAUACAGUUGUUCUGGCGGGUUGACUAUUUCAUCUUACCUUCGUACUAUAGCUGGACCACUUCCUCUGUUUAGCAGUAAAAGAUUUUAAAGUGGUCCUAUUAUCUAUUAGUAUUUUAUAUAGAUAUAAUCUUUAUGGAAUAAUAAUGAUGACUGAUUGGAAUUUUAUUUAAAAGCCAACUUGAUCCAUAGAAUUGCUAAGACAAUAAAUAUGGCUGUAUGAUACAUAACCAUAUAUUACCAGUAUGGAACAAUUUUUUAAAAAGAGCCAAUUUAUCAAAAAAAACAGACAUUUUUAAAUAUUCAAGAAAUUGAAAAUAAUUUGGAAAAUCUAACGUUAGAAAAUUGGAAGAAAGCAGGAUUGCAAAAGGUGCAUCAACUUUUUGCUAAUAUCUCUAUUAAGAAAUUUGUUGCAAAACACCUAUGAUCUGCCUGCACAGGAGGCAUUUAAUUACAUUAGAGUAAAGAGUUUUUUGAUGGAACAUGCCCUGUUGGAAGAUAACGAGGUAGUAUUGAUGCUGGAAAAAAUAUUUAGGCAGAAAAACAAUAAAAAAAUGUUGGCUAAAUGCGCAAAAGUAAUUAAAGUAUUCAAUAACAGAGAAAGGAACAGUAAUAUUACUAUAUGGGAAUAAGAUUUGAACCAGUCUCUUGAUGAGCAAUCAUAUCCAUGAUCUCUCAUUUAUAGAAAUGCACUUUAAGUAUUUUAAUAGAUGGUAUUUUGUUCCAACUAGAAUAGCUAAAAUGUUUCCAAAUAGUGAUAAUAAAUGCUGGAGAUGCAAAGAAGAGGUAGGUUCCUAUGUUCAUAUGUUUUGGGAAUGUAAAAAAGUACGUACCUUAUGGUCAUGGACCUUCGAGUUCAUCAAAAAAACACUGAAGACAAACAUUACAAUUUCCCUCAAAAUUGCUUUAUUAAAUAUGAAUUUGUCUGGAUGUUUAAAAGAACAAGCAUAUUUAAUAAUUCAUACUUGUGCAGCAGUUAAGAUGUUAAUUGCAGGUUGGAAACAGAGUCAUGUUUUUACAAAAUCAACAUUUUCCAAUCAAGUGUUAUGGCAGCUUAAGAUGGAAAAUGGUAGAAAAUGGUUUGAAGGGGCAGCAGAAAAAUCAAAUGUUAUAUCAAAUAAUGUCUUGCAAAUAGCACACAAUACAAUGCGCUACGGAAUCUGUUGGCGCUAUAUAAAUGGCAAUAAUAAUAAUAAUGAAGUAGUCCUUUUUAGAGAAAAUAAUGACGUUGAAGUAUCCUUCUACCUGGCUGGCAGCCAAUAAGAUUUAAGUAUAUGUUUUAACUAUAGACGCUUAGCCCUGUUUCCUAUAGGGAGCAUCGACAGGCUCCAGUAGUUAUUAUUUUGUUUAUUUUGUUUUGUAUGUAUUACAUAGAACUUAAUGCUGUGGUCAUUAUUAUUAUCCCGAUUCUGUUUGUGUUUUUUUGUGGUCAUUAUUGUUUUGUAAAUCUUUGGUAAAAAGAAAAAAGGAAAGGAAAUUAAUAAAAGUUAUUUUUAAAAAAGAAAUAAGAAUUGUGAAGACAACUACUUUGUCUUAUGGGCAAGCAUGAAUUUGACAAAAGGUAGAGGACCACAGUCAACUUAUGUUCAGCCCUAAACAGUCAGAUCUGGGAUUCAGGCAUCUUCUCGAGAUGUGACCUAUGAAGGCUUCAGGGGUGUCACUGCAUCUUCCAUGGAUAGCAGUGUUGUACAGCACUGCUUCAGGUAAGUAAAACAUACUGUAAAGGAUCUGCAGGUAGAAAGAAACAUGGCUUUUCCCAUAUUCACAAAACAGCAUAAAAAUCUAUAACUUAUAUUUUACUGAACAUAAACUUUAAGUCCCACAUACCCCCAGAUAGCUUGGAUCUGAGUGCAUAUUCUAGGCGAAUAGCGCUCAGAUCCCACGAACACAGUUCUCAAUAACGUCGAAUGAAGUUUGGACUUCACCGGCCGUUCGCGUGUUUGUAUCCGACAAAGAGUUCCACACUGUAGCUAUCUGGGGUCAGUCUCUUUCGCAUAAAUCCAAGUCCCGAACGGUGCAAUGUCUCCUGUAUUCGUGUGUUUUCAACCGUAUGAACCUUGGUAAGUAUCAGCGGUGUUCGGCAGAAUAAGUAUCCGAAAAAGAGUUCCAGGGCAUCGCCGCCGUUUACCGCUGUGCGUUCGACGAUUUAAAAUGGCGACUGCCACGUGUUUGUCAGACGAACGCGGACCACCAAGCUGUUCCCCAAUUACUCUGUGGUUAACCGCAAAGUCUGGGUGGUUAAUUUAGUUUAUUUGUUUUAUUGCUAUUUGCACGAAAUCACCCCACACACGUCUAAAUAACCGAACAGGCUGGUUCGCAUAGUCUGUUUAACAAGGGAUUUUGUUACACAUACCUUCGACUACACCCCCGCCACCAGACCCUAACUCAAUAAGUCACUUACAGGAAUCUCUGCAAAAUAUGCAAAGACCCCCAACAGUGACAGAACACUUUGAUGCUUCUUCAAAACACUUGUCGGUUUCGUUUGAAAUUUAACGUGAAUUCAACAUAGAUUUUUCGUUUUAGGCCAAUAUAAGCAUAAUUGUAAAAAUUCUGCAAGCUGACUGUUUUUACUUUGACUGUUUUGCACUAAUAUUUGAAAUUUACUUUGAAUUUCGGACAGUUUACACUAUAGUCUAUGACCCGGAAAAUCUUCAUCAUCUAGUGCAAGAUAGCCUCAGUGCCUCCUACCGUAUUUAAACCAAGAUUUAUUAAAAUAUUGUUCUGCCAUAAUGUUUCUAUUAAAUCUAGAAUAUUCCUGCUUUCUUUCUGAUAUGCAGUAUGUGAUAGUGGUUCCUUUCCCUUUUCAUAUGCUCCUUUCCCAAAAAACAUUAAUAAACGUCAAAUCUCUUUAAAAUCUAAAGCAACAUAGACUUGCCUAGACCCUAUGACUAAGCAAAAUCUUUUUCCAUUGUCCAAGACUUGAUGAUAUACACAAGAGAGACAUGCAGAAAGUACUAGAUUCUAGUUUUCAUGAAUAUUAUGUAAUUAUGUAAUAAUAAAUAAAACUAUGUAAUAAUAUUACACAACUACACUUUACAAAAAAUAAAAUAUAAGUUUAAUGAGUUUUAUUUAAUUUUUUUCUUAUUUAACUUCUUUGCUGUGUAGUUUAAGCUAUUGUCGUUUACCUACUUUUAGUGGAUAAACUGAAUUACAGACAGAAUGAUGAUGAAUUGUGUGUAGAUCGAUCAAGGAUACCUAUUAUUAUUUUAUUAUUUAUAUAGCGCCAUCAGAUUCUGUAGCGCUGUACAAUGGGAAUGAUAAAGUAAUAUUAUACAAUUUAAAUUUUUCACUCAUUUAGAGACAUAUUUGGGAAUGUCUUAGAAAUAAAAGUCUUGCAAUUUUUCAUACAAGAUCUGAAAAUGGUUAAUUUUGUUACACACCACGUGGGUGACACAAAUUGUUAUAAAAACUGGUCAAAUAUCCUGUCUGUGGGCAUGUAUAGGAACAUACUGGCAUUUCAGGGAAUUUGACUUCCCACAAAUACCACAGCAUGUAAAAUGUUCUGAACAAUAUACUGCAUUCUGUACAGCGAUUGCAUCCUGCAAAGAAAUUCUCUAAUAUGCCUAAAUCCUCUGCUUUCUCCGUUCACACCUCUUGUCCACUAGAGGGUGCCCAUAUGGUCUCAUCACAGUCAUAUGUUCUUCUAGGUCACUAUAACCACAGUGGUUAUUCUUCUUCAGCCCCUGUAGUUAGUAUACAAUAGAGUUAGUAACUAAACUCAAAGUUAGCUCCAAGUCCCAGCAUUCAUAUUUCUUUGUUAAUAAAAAUCCUUUUGUGUAUAUGUGUGCAUACAUGCAUAUUUAUUUGUGUGUGUCUUUUCUGUUUCUCAACAGGUAAUUCAUACAGCAUCAAUGCAUAGAAAAAGACUGAUAAUUUGAUUAAUAUUAAAAAAUGUCUUAGCCAUCUCAAUAUAAAAAUAUAAGCAAGCCUGUAACACUUGUUAUAUGUACAUAUAUACAUAUUGUUACUGUAUUUCUGUUUAAUUUUAUGUUUGCAUUUUUUGCUAGUUCCAACUGAUUUCAAUAAAAGGAUUUACCAAGGUGUCCGAGUAAAACACACAGUCAAAGAUCUACUAGCAGAAAAAAGAUCCAGACAAACAACUGGUUCUAGAUCACACGUAAGUAAUAUUCUUUGUCAGUUACCAUAGUUUGUAUUUUGUAACAGAUCUUACAAGCAGAAAACUGGUAAUUACAUGUCAUACAGUGAAAAAUAUGGCAAGAAAACAGAUACAUCAAUUAUUAAUAAAUUAUGUACAACUGAUUUGCAGAAAACUUUAACUGUUUCAAAACAUGAAACCACAUUAAAUCUACUGACUUACUCAUUCUACCGAUCAAUUAAUUAUUUUGGGGGAAAAAUUAUGUAAACUUUGCAGAUCACAAUAUCAACAGGUAAGAAGGAAGCAAUAGCUCAAUGGAAACAACAUAUUUAAUUAAAUGCUACAAAUAAUAUAUUAAUAGACAUAAUAUGUCAUAAGCAAUCGUUUUUGCAUCCUUUACAAGAAUAUCGUUUACUUAAAAGUUAGAGACUAUUGGGUCUAUUCACUGAAAUUAGAAUUUGUGGGAAGUGAAUUUACAGUGAAUUUAAAAUUUGAGGUCAAAGCUGAAGAAUUUGGGUUUGGCCAUUGGCUCUGGCCUUAAAUUUAAAAUGCACUGUGAAUUCCUGAUAAUUCUCUCAUUAGUGAAUGACCCUGAAAAUUGUAUCUCUGUUCAUUCAAUAUUUCAGGUACGGUUUGAAACAUUAGCACAGAAAUACCUUGCGUCUGGGUAUUAGUUACAAGCCUGCAAUUAGCAAUACAGAUUUAUAAAAAUAAAUUGCAAAAAAUUGUGAUUAUAAUGAAUGUAUGUAGACAUAAUAACCACAUAAAGUAGUUUCCAUUAGGUUAAUUAUGCAAACUAUAUAGAGCUUUGCAAGCUGCUACAGCAGGUUUUAAAUAAUCCACAUCCAUUACUGACUGACAUUUAAGCCCUCCCUCCUUCCUCUCACUGAAUGUUAGAAUGUAUUAAUAAAGUUUAUCCUUCAAACCUGCUUCCUGGGGGUAUGGUGAGGAAGAGAGAGAAGCCAUUUUAAAAGAUGAGGAACUUGGGAGAUGUGAACUCAACAGCACCCAGUCACAGUAACACAACUAAAUUAAGCCCACAAAUAUACAUUUUUAAUACUCUAAAUCAGGCGUGUCCAAAACGUGGGAUGCAUGCUACCCCUAACCACUUGUAAUACAGCCCAAUUGUCAUCCGGGCAGGGAGGAAGACAGGGAAACAAAUAAUUAAGCGUGCCCUCCAGAGAGCCAGUAGCAGAGCGGUCGCACCGAAAGGGGAAAUUAUUACUUACCUGGAUUGUGGCGGAUUGCCGUCUGAUCCUCUUCCCUGAUGGUUUCCAAUAGCGUUCUAAAUGAUGCCGCCCACUGUGGUCCCGAACUAAUUAUUAGUGUUCCUAUUGCCCAUAACAAAUAUGGCACCAACAUUCGUGUGACGUCACAUCCUCGACGCACACACACUUUUUGGGGUCAGAAGUCACUUACUAGCCAAUCACUACACAGAGAGGCAUAUAUAAACCCCAACUAGCCUUUUCUCAGUGCACUGUUGUGGUUUCCACUUGUUGGUGGUUGUCUGAGAGUGCGUUCCUGUUCAUUGUUAUUUCUGGUAUUUGACUUUGGCUCGUAUUUGACUUUCCAUACUUCCGGUAUCCCUGACUUUUGGCUACUUCUGUAUUCCUGACCAUGGUGAGUUUAUUGACCUUUCUCUUAUACGUUAAGUCUGGCCAUUUUAAGGCCUGGUAUAUAUUAUUAUUUUCAUAGUUCUGCGUGUUCAUACAGUAGUCGUGACAAUCCUGGCUUCAGCAUCACUACUUGGCGCACAAGGGACCUGUGCAGGAAGAGCACAGUGAUCCCAUCACAGCAUCAACAACUGGCCACCAUUGAGAGGAUCCACACCAGCCCUCCUAGAGUUCCAAGUGAUUUGUGUGUAUGCCAGUAAUUAUUUGUGUAUGUGAUUGUGUGGGUCUGUGAUUGUGUUUGUGUAUGUCUGUGAUUAUGUGUGUAUGCGUGUCUGUUUGUGUAUAUAUCUGAUGAUAUGUGUGUGUAUGUAUGCGAUUGUGUGUAUAGGUCUGUGAUUUUGUGUGUGUCUGUCUGUCUGUUAGUGUGUGUGUAUAUCUGUGAUUGUGUGUGUAUCUGUGAUUGUGUGUGUAUCUAUGACUGUGUUUUUGUAUGUCUAUGAUUAUGUGUAUGUCUGUGAUUGUUUGUGUGUGUGUGUGUGUGUGUAUAGAUCUGUGAUUGUGUGUGCAUAUGUCUGUGAUUGUAUGUGUGUAUAGUUCUGUGAUUAGAUGUGUGUGCGUGUGUGUGUAUGUCUACAUCUGUGGUUACGUGUACAUCAGUGGUGUAUCCUGGUUUUGUGCUGCCCUAGGCAGGACAAAACUCAGGCACCCCCCCGUGCCACCCCCACCCGCGCAACCGCCACCCAACCUUCCCCCCUGCUCCGCCUUCUAAAUACACACACACACACAUUCACUGACAGAUACGCAUUCACUAGCUAACAGAAACACACAGUCACUAACAGACACACACUCACACACUCACUAACAGACACACACACCACAGACAAACACACACACUAACAGACAUCCACACUAACAGACACACACACACUAACACUAACAUACAUACACUAACAUUAACAUACACACUAACAUACACACACUAACACUAACAUACACACUAACAGACACAAACACUAACAUACACACACACACUAACAUACACACACUAACAGACACACUAACAGACAUCCACACACACACACUAACAUACACACACUAACAGACACACUAACAGACAUCCACACACACACACACUAACAUACACACACACACUAACAUACACACACUAACAGACACACUAACAUACACACACUGACAUCCACACACACAAACACACUAACAGACACACACACUAACAUACACACACUAACAGACAUCCACACACACACACACACUAACAGACACACACACUAACAUACACACACACUAACAGACACACUAACAUACACACACUAACAGACACACUAACAUACACACACUAACAGACUUCCACACACACACUAGUGUAUUUUUUUUGUUUUUUUAUUUAACCCCCCCCCAGCCUCCUUACCUUUGGUAAUGCUGGGGGGGGGGUUCUUCCUCUCCCUGGGGUCCAGUGGCUGCAGCGCUGGGCGGGCGGCCGCCGAGGGAGCUCUCCCCCUGAGCGCUCUGCUCUGCUCAGCUCCCUCGCGCGCCGCCAGCAGAGUGAGGCUGGGAGCCGGGUUGAUGACGUCAUAUUCCGGCUCCCAGCCUCACUCUGCUAGCGGCGCGCGAGGGAGCUGAGCAGAGCGCUCAGGGGAAGAGCUCCCUCGCCGGCCGCCCGCCCAGCGCUGCAGCCACUGCCGCCCAGCGCCCAGAAUGUCUGUUAGCCGCGAGGCUAACAAGACAUUUGCCUUGGGCAUUUGGGGGGACGGCGUUUUUUGCCGCCCCCUGAAAAAUGCCGCCCAAGGCAAAUGCCUUGUUUGCCUCGCGGCUAAUACGCCCCUGGUGUACAUGUAUAUGUAUUUACAUGUUUACGUGUUUAGUAGAUAUCUCCCUAAUUUGGAAUAAUUAAAUAUGGCAAUCCCACAUAGGGAUAACAAAUAAGGGAGUUAUCUACUAAACAAUUGAAGUAUCAAAAUUUAAAAUACGGCUUUGGAAUUUUUAUUAUUUAAAUUAAUUAUAUUAUAUAUUUUGUGUGUGGCCCAAGAUAAUUUCUCUAAGCUCAAAGUGGCCGGCCGGGAAGCCAAAUGUUGGACACCCAUGCUGUAAAUACUUAUUGUACAGUGCAGUCUAUGCAGUUAACAAUGAAUUCAAAUGGCUUUUAACUUAUAUAUUGGUGGAAUAUAGUAUGAUGACAUUAUUAUGCUCAGAGAUUCUGAGUCUUAAUCUUUUUUUUUCUACCUUUAAGUUGAAAUGUGCAUUAUUAACCUCUUUGUUACAAGGGUUAAGGAAUGGAAAAAUCUCCUUAUAUUGUGGCAGUCUUUGCUGAGUUAUUAAAAAGGGUUAAUGAUACACUCUGGUAUAAUACAUGUUCCUAAUUGUUAUUAUCUUUCAAACUAAUUAUAUUUUUUUUAAUUUGUUGCUACAAUUACCUCUACAUGGAUUUUGCCCUUUUAGCUGCCUGUCGGAGUUUUCUUUUCUUCUUUGCAAGUUUCAUGCCUCGUAAUAAACGCAGUCAAGUUGUAAACAGAGGAUUAGACGGGAACAAUACGGUUUGUUUGGUUUUGACAAGAAUUUAUGAAUAAGUCAUUUACAUAUAGCUGGUGUCUGCGCUGCUGCAGACUGUAUUUGUGAAAUAAAAAGAAAAUGGUUUGCGUCCAGACCUGCCUGCAGGCGCUAAUAAUAACUAUCAUUAUUAUUAUUAUUAUCGUAAAAUCCUAUAAAAAUAUUAUUGUGCAGUAUUGUGGUUCAAUUAUUCAAUGUAAGGUCCCCUGUGGGUUCUCAGUGCUGAAUCUAGUUACGUCUUUUGGGUGCAGUUUACUGAGUUUACGGCACUCUGUGACGGACCCUAAUGUUCUAACACUAGUGUUCUGUUAUGUUCAGUCCAAUCUGUUAUGUGCUAAGUCUAUAGUGCAGGGUCAUUCUAAGCAUCAUGUUACUCAAUUUAAUAUUUUGGAUAAGCUUUUUAAAUUACUUCAUAUUUUAGAUUUGAGACUUCUAAAAUGCAUUUUUCAAGGUAGCCUUCAAUACUUUUGACCACGCUCUUCUUCUUCUUCAAACCCAUCUUCUCAUUUUCCUGACUGGGGACACUUCUUCCUGAGUGACUGCUGCUCCCACAUCUCACUUCUUUGUCAAUCAUUACAUUGGCUUUCACACAGUACUGAUUCUUGUAAUUAAUUUUAACGUUAUAUUUUAUAUCUUAUUCUAUUAAUUUUAUUUCUAAUCUAUGUUUAGAUAGAGUAUGACCUGGCUAGAGGCAGCCAAGCAUUAAUAUUCUUAAACUAAGGAAGAGACAGUUUGACAACAGACACAUUCAGCUAAUGGUCACAUUAUCUUUGCUCAUUCAGGGCAUAGACGUGACUUGGAAAUAAAAAAGAUAGAGGAUUUAUAUAUGUUACUCCUAGAGCAUGGAUAUAGCUAUAUAGGGUAAAAUAUGGCUAUAGUGCUAAUUGUAAAUGAAUGCAUUCAUUUCACCGGAAUCCAGACAAACAAUAAAAUCUAGCAAUUUAAUAACACAUACUUUGUUGUUUGGAGCAGGUACCUUUUGCACGAUGCAGGAGAUUUGUUUUACUGCUUUAUAGCUAAUUUUCUGCCAUUAAAAUUUAGUGGAGCAGAUGUGCUCAUAUACAAUCUAUAAAACAUAAACGAGCGUAUAGCUGUAUUGUAAAUCAGGCUGUAAAAAUGUUUAGUUAGGGAUGAGCAGGGCAGUGUCUGGAAUUACAUUUCUGAUCUGACUAAUGGGUGGAGACCUGAAAUAAACGUUGAUAAAACUGCGAUUACAAUGUAAACCCUUCAUUUCCAACAUACUGUAUACUACAAGCUAAAAUAUAAACAUGAAUGACCUUAUUAUUUCUGUUGUUAAAACAUUUCAGUCCAGACAAAAACAGCUUUAACUCUUUUGAAAGAGCAUACAAUUCAAUCAAUACAUUGAUCUAGCAGGUUUGCUAGAAAAUGUAUAGAUUGGGAGAAAAAACUACUUAAAGGUAGGUCUUCCUCACAACUGUCAAUCAAUUUUUUUUUGGCAUUGACUCUAUGCCAAAGAAUUGAUUGACAAGGGAAAACGGAAAAGACAUCACACUCCUCUUUCUGCUCUUCACCAAUAGAAACCACAGUGCAUGCACUGUAGUUGCUAUGGAAAGUCUAGGGCCCAAGAGGUAGAUCCAGAUGUUUUAAAACUACAGCUUCCAUGAUGCUUUGGCAUUCUAAUGGCAUUCUAAAGGCAUGCAAAGCAUCAUGGGAGUUGUAGUUCUACAAAAAUCUGGGUAUCUACCUUUUGGUAGAACGGAGGUGAGGUGAAUAUAUCUCAAACUUUACAUGAAUUACAUUAUCUAUUCAAUAUAUUCGAAGCUUAUUUAAGUUAAGUAAAAAUCUUGAUGACAGGUUCCCUUUAAAGGCAACAGAGAUGUUCAGAAGCCCACCAGGAGACUUUCCCAAGCAGACUUUCCCAAGCAGUCUCAACAUCUGCAUCCAUGACCCCUGAGAGGUCCCAUACUCAAAGGAGUUAAGGAACCUUUGCACUUCAGGGAGAUGACAUCACUUUGCUUUUCAAAAUUUAAUAAAUUUCCAUGUCUUAACUUAGUUGUCCUCUAGUUUACUUUGAAGUUAUUAUGUAAGUUAUUGAUAUUAAAUAACAGUAGUUUUGUUAUGUCUAAAAGAAAUGCCAACUCAAACAAAAAAUAUUAUUUGCCAAGUUCAUCAGACGUUUGGGUUAAAGAUUAACAGUUUAGUAAGAACGUGAGUGAUUGUUCUCUGAUAUAUGUUUUGGUAUCCUGCCUUCAUAACUUUUUAGUUUUACAAUAUUAAAAUUGAUUCAUGUUAACAUAUGCACAAAUAUAAUACUUUACAUUCAGAUAGACACAACCAUCUGUCAUUUUAUUCUGUGUUCUGUGACUACACAAUAAUUCUGACAUAAGUUCAGUCACGCUGGCAACCAUUCCAUUGAGCAUGCUUUCAUGGUAGCAGUACAGAUAAUCCUGCUGCAGUUUCACUGCUCAAUUCUCUACAAUUUAGGAGUUAUAUCAUUUUGUUUAUGAAAUCCUAGCCACACCUCCCCUGGCUGUGACUCACACAGCCUCCUCACACAUUUAAUGAAAACAUUAUCUAAUUUUUAAACCUUUUUUUUUUACAUGGUAUGUUUAAUUUAAACUUAUCAUGCAAUAGACAAGAAAAUACCAAGGACCAACAAAUUAAUAUUUAACCAUUAAACAUUACAUAUUAAUUUGUCAGUCCUUUACAUUUUCUUUUUUCUUGUUUGUAAUUUGUUAGGCUUACCCCCAGUUUCCAUGUAUCAGAACUAUUUACUCCUAUCUCAGUUUCUCUGAUUCUUUCUGUUAAUUGUCUGCUGGAUCCUGAGGCUCCCUGCUUAUUGUGAUCAAAGUUAAAUUAACAGAGCAGCAAAUAAGAACUAUAGACAAGAAGAACGGGAAAAACAUUGUGCUGCAAGAAUGUAAGAUUGUUUUGAAAAUGAAACCUUUUUUCCAUGAAGGCUGCAUGAGUCACAGCCAGUGGAGGUGAAGCUAGGACUGCAUAAACAAAGAGAUUUAACUUCUAAAUAGCAUCAAAUGGUGCCAGGACACAGCAGGGACAUGGCAAAUACACCAAAACUGCUUCAUUAAGCCAAUGUUGUUAUAUAACAUAUAUACAAUAUAUGUGCACAUAAUCAAAAAAAACUCUAAGUAAUGAACAGAAACUGCCUAUUGGACUGUUUUGGUAAUUAUGAUUUCAUUCAUAAAUGCUAUUCACAUUCCCUUGAUUUUGAAGUAUAUAGGAAUUGUAGAAACACUCCGAUGUCUUUACAAAAAGUCACCAGAGCUUUAGAAUGUUAUGAAUGGAUCGGUGCCUUGUAGAAGACAAUACUAUUUAAUGCUUAUUCAAACAGGGACUAUGUUCUUGCAGACAGCCUUCGCUUAGUCUUUCACCAGUGCUUCAAUCAGUUGCCAGAUAGUAAACAUGUUGUUUUUAAUGAUUCCAUUUCCAUGUAGUUUCUUUUCUCUCCGGACAGCUGCUGAUCUUCGGCAUUGACUAAAGGAAGCCUGUGAUGAGCAAAUUUCAUUCAAAUUUUAACCUUCAAAUUUGUCUGUCGCAUUCAGCAGGAACCUUCUGUUUGUUUUAUGCAAAAUGAUAGUGUACAUUGUCAUCUGCGAUUCAGGAAAUCACACAUUAAUCUAGUCGAUCUCUUGUAUUUCCUCAGAAAUAUGAAACUAAACUGUUCAGCUCUGUGUUUCUUUGGAACAUGUAUGCUUAUCUGUGAAUCAGAUUAGUCACACAGGAAUAAAAGUUUAACAUACCUGCCUAAAAACCUAAUGCUAAUAGGUCCCUACCCCCUUGAAAAUGUUAAAUUUAAACUUAAAACUUAUCUCUUUUGUCCACCAGAUAUCAGCAGGAGGCCUCACGCGAUCCAAGCACAGGCUUCUCAUAGAGAAGCCUGUGUUUGGGCAAUUUUUCCAGCUCAGAGGGCAUACACACGGUUUGUUCUGGUGAAUGGAUCAGAGAUAGGGAUUUUUGGAUGAGCGGGAAAUUAAUUUUAAUUUAAUAAUGCGAAAGUAAAAUUCAAGCAAUGGAGAGAGGCCGAAGGAUAGCGCAAUCGGAGAGAGUGAGGGAGGGGAGAAUGAACUUCCUGCAGCAGGCUGUUGUAAGCGUGGCUUGCGUACUGAUUACGUGGGCCAAGCAUGUAACUAACUCAUGGCACAUAAGUGCAAAUAUCUCUGAAUGUGCAGUGUUUGAAGCGGAAACACUGCAAAUCCAAACUCCUACCACCCUGACUGCUUCAAAUCACUAAAGUGGUCAUGGUGGAUGGAGAAACCCUUUAAUUGUAGCAAUGUAUUACGCAUGAGCACAAACAGAUACAUUGUGAACAUUUUAUUACAAAUAUCAUGCUUUCAAUUAAGUAUGAAUACCAAUAGGAAAUCUGGAGAAGGAGUUGACGUUCGUAGGUUUCCAGAGAAGUCAGUUGAACAUUGCCAAGAAAUUAGCCCAAGCUUUUUGUGGCAAGAUUAUGGGCCAACACAAUAAUACAGGACAAUAAGGGAUUUACAAACACAAGGCAGAAAAUCCAAGGCCAAUAUCAGACAUAACAAAAAAGGAAUCUAAGCAAACGAGUUGGGUUCAGUAUAAAUUAAAGUAGAAGUUCCCUGUAUAAGCACACUUAGGACACACAAACAGUUCAUCAAAGCAAUGAGAUCAGGAUUGGACUGGCCCACUGGGUUACUGUCAAAUUUCCCAGUGGGCCAGCAUACCUUCAUGGCCGGUGUGCAGACGCCUAGGGCGCACCUGCCCGGGAGGCACGAUCGCUGAGUGCCAGGCAAGAGGGGAAACGCACAGCACAUCGCUCUCCUCCAGCCAGUCACUACAUGUAGCUUGGCAGAGCAGCAGACCACAGGAGAGGAGCUUCUGUUUUUUCUCUCUUGUCUGACAGGAAGCAGUUUGGUGCUCCUCUCCCGUGGUCUGCGGCUCAGCCUUGCUACAUGCAGAAUAGGAGGGGUUGGGGGGGUUGGUAAAUGAGACACGAGUGGGGGGAAUAAAGCAUGUGGGGUGGGAUGAGACACAUGGGGGGCUGAAUUGGGGAGAAUGAGACAUAUGGAGUGGCUGGGUGGGGUGAAUAAGAUACAUGGAGUGGCUGGAGUGGGGAGAAUAAGACACAUGGAGGAGCUGGGGUGGGGAGAAUGAGACACAUGGAGGGGCUGGGGUGGGGAGAAUAAGACACAUGGAGGAGCUGGGGUGGGAAAAAUGAGACACAUGGAGGGGCUGGGGUGGGGUGAAUGAGACACAUAGAGGGGCUGGGGUGAGGAGAAUGAGAUACAUGGAGGGGCUGGAGUGGGGUGAAUGAGACACAUAGAGGGGCUGGAGUGAGGAGAAUGAGAUACAUGGAGGGGCUGGAGUGGGGUGAAUGAGAUACUUUGAGGGGCUGGGGUUUCAUUAACAUAUAUGUAAUGAGCACGUAUUGGCCCAGUCAGGUUGCUAGGUGCACACUCCAUCAAAAUAACAUUCAAAGUGGAGAGCUCACUCAUAGGACUCAAAUAAACAAGAUAACUUCAUUUUUUACAGUUGCGCAACAGCAUGCAAUCACCAUUUCUGUCCCAUUACUAAACUAUCCUUGAUAUGUCAUGGUAAUUGGACUGAAACAUUGAUUAUAUGCUAAUGCACAUUUAUUUGAAAUAAAUCUGCUCUUUUGUUAAUUUUGAAGCCCUAUGCAUGCUUUCUUUCUCAUUGAAGUAAUUAUUCACAUUUUUAAGUUAUCUUUUUCACCUCCAUAUCUGCACACUAUGCUGGCGCAACACAAUUUUGGUCUGGUAUAGAAUUUUUUUUCCAGAGCUGCUUUUAUUUCCCACUCCAGCCAUGAAUGAGUCUAGGUUUGUGGUAGAUUUUUUUUAUAGGAGAAUUUGUACCCUGUGUGUUUAACUAGUAGAUGAAGUAAAAAAAUGCAACUGUCUCAUGUAUAGUAAUGGUUCCAGCAGAUGAUAUAUAUAUUACAUAUAGGAUGUGUCUAGUACAGGCAUAAUGUCUUUGUUGUGUUCAUUUACACAAUACAGUGGAGGUGCUCCCUCAACUCAUAGGUGGAGGUGCUCCCUCAUAAGCAUGUGCUGUUUCUAGAGCAUCUGCAUAUGGCACGAGUGGUCAAGGUCCCUACAAUGGUUCAUACAGUGGCCAACAAUAUAUAGAAGCACACUAUAUAACAAAAUCAUUAUUUUAUGUAUCCAUAAAAUUUAUGAAACUAAAUAUUAAUAAAAUUGUUAUUUGAGAAAUCUUAAAACAAAUAUAACUCUACAUCCAAGAUUUAAUAAAAGCACACAACAAAGAACCAAAGCUUGACUAAGAUAUCUGCUAAAAAAUCACUCUGCUUCAGAUAACAGAGAAGUAUUAUAGUGGUGAUCCUCUGCAGCCCAAUACAUUAUGGCAAAAAUGGAAAAGAGAAGACCAUGCAAAAAUAACAAUAAAAUAUAGUCCGAUAGAUUAGAAGGCUUACAUUUAAAAUUGUUUUUAUAUCACAUAACACACUGAGUCUUCUCUUCCCUGAAAUUGUCCUUUGUGCAGUAAAAUGCAGGUAUGGAGGAUCUGACUCCAAUUCAGGAUCAGGAAUAUCUAUCACUUGCAACAAUCAUACAGUUUAUGAUUUGCAUCUGAGCUACUGCUUCAUCUCAUCUAAUCCUCCUCUUUCACUCCAUCUAUAAAGUAGUGCAAAUCCUGCCCAGAGGGAUGUCAAACUUAAAAUGCCAAAGCCUAUGAGGGUAAAUAUAACCCUCAGGUAGAUGUAUAUCUACUCAAGCAAAAGUUCAGCUAUUGCUGCUCAGUCUCUAGAAUGGUAACAUUGUUUGGGGACAGGGCCUGUAAACUAUUGAUGUGGACCUGUCACUGCUGGGCAUGGUGACCAUGGGCACUGGCAUGGGGCCUCACUGGUGGGCAUGAUGACCAUGUGCAUUGGAUAGGGACAUCACUGGUUGGCAUGAUGACCAUGGGCAUUGGGUAGGGGAGCUACAGGUGGGCAUGAUGACCAUAGGUCAUCAAACACCAUAAAAUGACUGACAUUUCCAUUACUGAUGAAGUUAUUAUUCCUUACUAUACCUGUUAUAGAUCCAAUAUUGAUCUUUGUUAUAUUCAGGGGAAACCAAAUUGUAUCAAGUGCACUUGGAGAAGCGUGAAUUAGACACCAGACGCGUGUUGGUUAUCAAAAUAAGCCUCUGACGUUUAUUUUAUCAGUUUGUGCUUUUAUACAUUAAAAAGUAAGUGCUUACGUGCAAAUACUCAUACAACAGUAGUAGAUAGGGAGUGAAAUAACAGGGAAGGAGUACAGAUAAGACAUAAGAAUGAACGUCAUGUAGAUAUAACAGAUAAGUGCCGGGAAAGAGAAAGAACAGACUGACUUAGGAGAGACAGCUCAGGUGGGAGCUAUCUGCUCCCGGAACUAGACAUAUAUGGUCUUAAGUGUCGUUUUAAGCAUUCAGCAUUUCCUGAGUCCAAGUUAGCCAAUUUUAAUAUAGGAUAUUUAAUAUGACACCUAUAAGCUUGAACCUUGGAAUCAAGGUAAAUUCUUUGACAAUCCGCUCUGUAGAUUUUUGCAGGGGACCUUCUAAUUAAACCCAACCGUAAAUAGAGCUAUAUUUGUGGCACUUGCUGUAUAGCUUGCAGACAUAUCAUACCAUCUAUGUUUUGCCAUCAUUUACGUUAUAUGUUUUGCCAUCAUUUACGAUCAUUAUUUUGAAAUGUUAUACCAUCUCUGCCACAUAAAUUGCAAGUUAGACUUUGUCUUCUAUAAAAUUCCCUCCGUACGUGGUUUGUUUUAUAUUAGGAAGGAAUACAAGGCCACUGAUCAAACAUCAGAACAGUGACAUGUGAUGGUGUAGCUGAUAAACCUUGGGUGAAACACUUCUUCAACCAAUGAUCAACUAUCCUACUUAACAUUCAUUGCUAUUUAUUAUGUCCCCCUUGCAGAAAAUGAAGACAACAUACUGCUGGAAUUUCUUGCAUUUUGGGGGUUUUCAUUAGAUACUGUCUCUCAAUGGGCUGAAAGAAAAAAAAACUCUUAGAUAUUUUAGUCCAAGGACACGACACAAUCACAUUGAUCUAAAGGACUGUGCUACCAUCUCUCUGCAUGUUGUUUACUUUUCCGAUACUGUGUGUUAUUCUUACAUUGUUCGAAUAGGUUUCAUGUGCUUCAGAUACACAGCAUAAAGUGAGAGUUUUCUUUUGUCUCAGAAGUGGCUCAUACUCUAUAUUGUGAUAUUGUCAGUCUUUCAUAAUAUCACAACGUUCCCUUUUAAUAUCCAAGUAAUUUAUCAUAUGCCAUCUUACAUACAAAACAGUUUUUAGACAUUUCCAAAUAGCUAUCAAAAUCUGGAGAUGAAAAUACUAGAACAUAGAUGUGUGUGUGUGUCUUGACUAUUUUUGUUUACAUUUCAAUUCAAUUCUUCCCAAAUGGGCUACUCAUUGUAGCACAUUAAAAAGUGGCAUGCCGGUUUAAUGGGAUUAAACCUUUUUUGUGGAAUUGAGAGCUGGUAACUGAAGAGGAAGCACAAGUAAAUGGCACAACCUUGGGCGUAUUCAUAUACAGUUGCAAGAAAAAGUAUGUGAACCCUUUGGAAUGAUAUGUAUUUCUGCACAAAUUGGUCAUAAAAUGUGAUCUGAUCAUCAUCUAAGUCACAACAAUAGACAAUCACAGUCUGCUUAAACUAAUAACACACAAAGAAUGAAAUGUUGCCAUGUUUUUAUUGAACACACCAUGUAAACAUUCACAGUGCAGGUGGAAAAAGUAUGUGAACCCCUAGACUAAUGACAUCUCCAAGAGCUAAUUGGAGUGAGAUGUCAGCCAACUGGAGUCCAAUCAAUGAGAUGAGAUUGGAGGUGUUGGUUACAGCUGCCCUGCCCUAUAAAAAACACACACCAGUUCUGGUUUGCUUUUCACAAGAAGCAUUGCCUGAUGUGAAUGAUGCCUCGCACAAAAGAGCUCUCAGAAGAUCUACGAUUAAGAAUUGUUGACUUGCAUAAAGCUGGAAAGGGUUAUAAAAGUAUCUCCAAAAGCCUUGCUGUUCAUCAGUCCACGGUAAGACAAAUGGUCUAUAAAUGGAGAAAGUUCAGCACUGCUGCUACUCUCCCUAGGAGUGGCCGUCCUGUAAAGAUGACUGCAAGAGCACAGUGCAGACUGCUCAAUGAGGUGAAGAAGAAUCCUAGAGUGUCAGCUAAAGACUUACAAAAGUCACUGGCAAAUGCUAACAUCCCUGUUAGCGAAUCUACAAUACGUAAAACACUAAACAAGAAUGGAUUUCAUGGGAGGAUACCACAGAGGAAGCCACUGCUGACCAAACAAAACAUUGCUGCACGUUUACAGUUUGCACAAGAGCACCUGGGUGUUCCACAGCAGUACUGGCAAAAUAUUCUGUGGACAGAUGAAACCAAAGUUGAGUUGUUUGGAAGAAACACACAACACUAUGUGUGGCAAAAAAAAGGCACAGCAUACCAACAUCAAAACCUCAUCCCAACUGUGAAGUAUGGUGGUGGGGGCAUCAUGGUUUGGGGCUGCUUUGCUGCAUCAGGGCCUGGACGGAUUGCUAUCAUCGAAGGAAAAAUUAAUUCCCAAGUUUAUCAAGACAUUUUGCAGGAGAACUUAAGGCCAUCUGUCUACAAGCUGAAGCUCAACAGAAGAUGGGUGUUGCAACAGGACAAUGACCCAAAGCAUAGAACUAAAUCAACAACAGAAUGGCCUAAACAGAAGAAAAUACACCUUCUGAAGUGGCCCAGUCAGAGUCCUGACCUCAACCCGAUUGAGAUGAUGUGGCAUGACCUCAAUAAAGCGAUUCACACCAGACAUCCCAAGAAUAUUGCUGAACUGAAACAAUUCUGUAAAGAGGAAUGGUCAAGAAUUACUCCUGACUGUUGUGCAAGUCUGAUCUGCAACUGCAGGAAACGUUUGGUUGAAGUUAUUGCUGCCAGCUAUUAAAUCCAAGGGUUCACAUACUUUUUCCACCUGCACUGUGAAUGUUUACAUGGUGUGUUCAAUAAAAACAUGGCAACAUUUCAUUCUUUGUGUGUUAUUAGUUUAAGCAGACUGUGAUAGUCUAUUGUUGUGACUUAGAUGAUGAUCAGAUCACAUUUUAUGACCAAUUUGUGCAGAAAUCCAUAUCAUUCCAAAGGGUUCACAUACUUUUUCUUGCAACUGUAUACUCAUAUACCUUUACCCAUACAGUCCUUUAUCUAUUGAGUCUUGGUAAGCCUUUUUCCCAUUAGAUCAUAGAUAAAUGUUUAGAAAUUAUAUGGAGCAAUUUCCGCAACCCAGAUCUGGUCAUCUUUCCUUCUUCGAAAACGAAUUCCACCAUGUCACAUUUUGCAGUUUUCCAGUGUUUUCUAAUGCUUGUUCUUGUCUACCAGGUUUAUACAGACAAGCAAUGAUGUGAGCAGAAAAAAAAGAUUUCGGAAGUUAUUAUAUAGCCUUUUUCACUGGAAUACUUUAUAGCUUGAGGGGCAUAUAACUUUAAACUAGAAGUCAAUAAAGAACAUACAGUUUGCUAACACCUGCGACUUUUGAAAUAUUCCUCUGUGAUGAUCUAGAGCAUAUUUUGAGUGUGAACAUUUAAGCCAAUAUAUACAUAUCACCAUUCACCAUGCUAUGGGAAUCAUUACCCUUUUUUGCAUAGUUUAGAUGUUGUAGGUAAACUUAAAAACUGGUUGAGAUUAUGUCUGAGCAAAUAUAUGAACAUUGAAAUCUUUGCUGACACAAGUGAUUAUCCCAACAAUAAUUACUUCUAACAGCAUUGCUUUGUUUAUAACACUGAGGCUUAUAGGUAAAGUGAGUGAACAGAACUAUAGACUUCUUUUCCACCAGGUAAGGAAACACCUGUUACUAUUGCAAGUACAUGUGGUUCCAAGACACCAAUAUGUUAAAAUAAACUAUAGCAAUUUAACAGAAUAUGAAAAUGUUAUUAUCAAAUAACCUGAUGUAUGAAUUAUAAAUUCCAUUUUAUUUUUGUUUACUAAGUAAUGAACAUUUUGUAAAUCUCACUCAUCCUUGAAAAAUUGUGAAUCUCAAUCAUGCAUGCUUAUAUUUCUACAAGAUAUCAUAAAUAGUUUUGUAGUGCUUUAGAGCUCUCAAUAUAGCAGGUGUACAACAUACUUUGAAUUUAUGUUCAUAAUAUUGGGUUGCUUCUAAAACAUUUUAAACCAUGUCUUUCAUUUACAGAGCAGUACCAACGUUUCCCAGGCUCCAUUUGUCCAAAUGUCAAGUAAGCAUUUUUAAGUAAAUAUUAGAUAACAUAAGUUAAUGUUUGUCUAUCUUCUGGCAUAAAUGAACAUUUUGAUGUUUUGUUUUGUUUUUCUAUUUAAUUGUGUUUCCGUUGCUGAAAUCUGAAUCAGUGGAAUCUGAAUUUUACUCUGUAAAAAGACUCAUUUUCAUGUUUGCUGUAUUUUUUAAAUUUAUUUUAUAUUUCUGUAUUGCCUUAUAGCAAAAUCAUAGUAAUAAUGAACUUCUUAUGUAUCGAAAUGUUUUAAGUUACAAUAUAUGUGUCUUAGCAAUGGUUUGAUAAUAUCAUCAUCAUUCUCUCUUACAGGCUCACCAGUGCUGUCUGGAUAUUAUGGGGUCAGAAGAUCAUUUUUGCCUGAAUCUGAGUUCCAUAGUACCAAGCAAUAUCCUAAUGAUCUUUACUCUCCACCUCUGGGCCCAAAGUCAUGUGACCCAGCAACCAUCCAAAGCUACCCACCUCUCCUGGAUCCAUAUUUUACUGAGUCUAUCGGUGACUAUCGGGGAGCUUCCAUUACAUCUGGCAGUGGCUCACUUUUUAGUUCGUCGUCAUUACCACCACUAAUACCUCAUUUUUCUGGUGACCCAUCACACUAUUUACUGGUAAUUGACAAUUCCAUUAAAUUAUAUGAUAGUAAAAAGCACUGUGGUUAAAAAGUAUAAAUGCUUAUUAGAUAGAAGACAGAAAGUAUAAAUGAUUAUUAGAUAGAAGACAGACAGAUGGACAGAGAUUAAGACAGAUAAAUAGAUUUGUUUUGCCAGUAUUAAGCAAAAAGUUUUAAAAAUGUUUAGGCAUUUUUCUUCUUUUCUUAUAUAUGGAUAUCUCAAAAUUUAUAUUGGAGGAUCCAGUUGAUUGCUGACCCUCUCUUGUCCAUUGUUUUGUUCUACAGAUAUGGUGUUUAGUUCCACCACUCCACAGUACACGUUAAAUACUUUUUAAGUCAAUAUCACUCAAUUUUGUUUAGGAUGGCCCUUACCAUCCCCUAUUGCAUGCAGGAUUGGAGAAUGCAUGGACUCUAAAUUAUCAACAGAGUUAAUGUUAAGAAUUUAAAGUGAAUUUUUCAGCUAAAUUGGAAAAACGUCCUAUGCCUGAUUUGCUUUCAAUUUGGCUCUUUUAGCCUAAAUGUUAAAAUACACUUUGAUUGCCAUUUAAAUUCCAUCCAAUUCACACCUUAGUGAAUAACCUUUGUGUGUGUUUUAUGUUGUGCGGACCACCAACAUUUUCUUUUGUUUCAUAACAGACAGAUGUCUCCUUCCUACCCUUGUUGGUCCAGAAUAACGGUCCACAAAGGGUAAUUCCAAAUUAUAUUAUGAAUCACAGAUACUCUGAAGGUUCCGUCUUCCUCCAUACCAGGAGCACAUUAUGUGGUGGUAGGGGCAUGGGAGACAGAACCAACGGUUCAUAUUGAUCCAAAUGUAUAUGUAACUGCUUGAGCCACUACCCAGAAUUGCGCAGAUUGGCCUGCUUCAUACACAAAGUGACACUAAAAUUCUAACUUUUCUUAACAUUUUCUGUAUGGUCAACUUCCAGCUUCUCUUGACAAUGAUGUACACAAAAGGCCAUUUUUCAAACACUGUUGAUGAUGCUACUCCUCCCCAUGCCACUAAGCAUCUUCUGUGUUUGCGUAAUACCCACCAUGACUUUUCCAUGCAUGGUUUUACAGCUUAUAAUAGUUCGGAAACCCAAAUUAACUUUAAUAUUUAUUUUAAAUUUAAAUGUAUUAUUCCACAGAGAGACUCAUGGGAACAGACUGUGCCUGACACCAUCAGCCAGUUGGAUGUUCUGUGUCCUGAUACCUCACAGACUGUGUCUUCCUCUACAACUUGUCUUUCAUCCGAAGCAGGAAGUGCUCACUAUAGAAGUACAAGCAGAGGAUCAGCAGCUCAAGGUUCUCAGCCUUACUCUAUACAUGCUCUUGAUGAUGUACAUUACUCCACCAGUUUCCCAGCACCAUCGUAUGCUUUUUCUCCUUUUAUGACUGUUACCAAUGAACUCACUCCCAAGAUGACUCACCAUCUCUCCCCAGAGGACUCCACGGAAACAAACUCUUUGCAAGAUAAUGCUACAUGGCCAAAGGAUGAAGCAAAUACAGUAUGGGGCCCAUAUGAACUGAGAAGAAAUUACUGAAAGUGUAUUAUGUGUUAAAAGGAGGCAAUGAGAAGGUUGUUUGUAUAUAUUGGUUGCUUGAAAAAGACAUUUUUGAUACCUUAGAGAUCACCAAAUUGUAUGAUAUAAUUUUCCCUUUCAGUCACCACAAUUAUUUUGUUACCUCCCCACUGCCUAUGGGUGCGUGGAUAUCAAAUCGAUCGCUUUCUCCAUAAUUGUUUUAAACCUCGUGACUGUUUUGCUAUUAAGGAAAUUGAGUAAAUUGCAAAAAUAAUAACCCAGAAGAAAGCGUGCUUUUUAACACUUACUAUUAAUUGUUAUUAGUUUUCAUGUUAGUUUGUUUGGCUAUGUCAUAUUGACAUGCUGGUUAAUGAACUUAGAAUUGACACUUUAAUGUUAAAGAGAAUAAAAAAUCAUUCAUAUCAUCUUUUAGAGCCAUUACUUGCAAACUUAGCAUAUAAAACGCAAUAUAACAACUCUCGAUAAAUUGCUAUCGACACGUAGGGCCAUUACAUGUUUAUGAUGGUGUUUUAAAUCAAAUUUCACCAAUUUAGAUGCAUUGCUAAUUUCAAUGAUAAUAGCCAUCUUAGCUUGUCAUAAGACUUGUAUGUUUCUGCGUAUUUUCUUUUCAGGCCCACUUGGUGAAUCCUGGUUUGUUCUAUCAGGCUUUGAAGAGGGAGUGUUGUGAAUAGACCGACUAAAGUAAAAUAGUGCAAAUAUUGCUUUGUAAUUCCCUAACCAUAAUUUACUACUGUUAAAUAUUCUCUCAUUUAUUAACCAGAAUAAUAUUCCUAAAAUUAUUACAUUUUGAAAAAUAAGUUGUAUACAAUCAAGAUAACUUUAAUUCACAUUAAAGGCACAUCGGUGCUCUCAUCUUAGAUUUUAUCUAUGUUACCAAAUGACCUGCUUCCUUUUAGAAAUAAUUUAUGUGUUUUUUUUAAUUCAAAGUAUAACAUUGUAUGUCAGAUUUAUCUGUUACCAAUUUAUCGUCUAAAUUGUAAAACUAAAAUGAACAGUUUGCUAGUGGUAAGUUCUUAAUAGACCUGUCGAAUAUAAAAAUCCAAUUUUCACCAAAAAUAUAUCAUUCACCUCUUGAGAAAAGUCUGAGUUGGACUGUGUCACUGCAAUGUGACUGUAUGUUUGAUUUUUGUUUUCUGGUAUUACAAAGGAAAUGCAAUAAAACUGGACUUACUAUACAACUGCAGUUUGUUUAAAUUGGUACCCAUAUUUAAAGGGUAGCAUAGUGUUUAUUUAAUAAUGAACUGCAUUAUAUCCUUCACAAACAUGUACAGUUCUAAGAGAACACCACUGGCCUUGGGUGCCAUAGGAAUAAUAAACAGAGCAAUUUUGACCCAUCUUUCUAUAAUAUAUAAAAAAGAAUCCCAUUGCAGUCUGUUUAAU